CAACCAUGCAAGUUGGCAACUACCAGCCAGGAAUGAUAUAGAAAAAGCAAAAAAGAAUAAAAGGCUAUUUAUGUCAUUUCAUCUAUGGCCCCUUCUCUCUUCGGUUUGCUAUCUCUGUUUUCUCAACAACUGAAGCAAGCUCACUUCCACAUAACCUAAUCAAAAACCUUCCCAAGUAUCACUUUUUAAAGGUUUUCUUGCUGAAAAUCUAUGGUUAAAGCUGAAAAUUCUAAUCUGGUUGACUCUGUUAUUGAUUUUUCUCCCUAUUUCUCCAAGGAAAUAUACAGGCUCAAUCAUAGAUGGUUGAAUCAAUACACAGUACUUGUUUGUGAAUUGAUUACUGAGUCUGAUCGAUUUUCGUUUGCGUAACAGUUUGGGGGUUUUGCUUUACAUUUCUGCGAAGCAUGAACUUUUUUGUGAGCCUGCUUACACAUGGACAAAGCUGCAAUAGCCAAGCCUUUUAAACUUGGUGAACUAGGAAGAAAUGACAUUGUUAUAUGUUUGAAGAAUAAAGAAGGAAGACCAGAAUGGUUCUAUUGUCACUCCUCUAUUCUUACAGAUAGAAGUAAAUACUUUGCUCAUCAGUUUUCCUGUCCAAACGCCGGUAAUCUUAUUGAACUCCAGUGCUCGAAAUUCAACUACGAUCAUCAUGUCAAACUCUUGAGGUUGCUACAUCUUCCAGCGCACUUGAUUUUGGAUUCAUUGAGCUCGGUUACAUCUGCCAUAGGUGUUCUUGAAUUAGCCGUUUCUUUUCAAUGUGAAGAGAUCAUACAGUGUUGCAUUCAGUACCUAGAGGCGGUUCCUUGGGAAGACAAAGAAGAGGAGCACAUUUUAAAAUCAGUGUUGAAACUGGGGCCGGUAGCCAUGCCCGUAUUAGCCAGGAUCCAACCUGUGGAUUUAACUGCCACGAAAAAUGUUUUUGUCUCGGCAGUUCGCUUUGCCAUGUCUAUUAAUGGACCUUGCCCUCCAUUCGGUGAAGAGCUCAAAACCUCUGCUCAGGAACAAGUUGAGUACAUGCUUGGGGAAGAUGAGGACUUACCACUGGUUACUGCAGACGAUGAAGUAAGAUCAGUGGUCAUAGAGGGUCUUUGCAAGUUAUGUAAAUCCUUUGAAGAUGAAUUAGCUUCCUUGCUUUUGGAUCCUAAUCUUGUAUCUGACACAGCAGAGGCCAAAUUAUUGCAUUGUUUAUCUGAUCUUGAAUGGAUGUGCAACAUACUUCCUAAGAUGGAUCUAAUGAAAGAUUUUGUUUCAAACUGGACUGAAAUCUCUUCCAAUGUGUUAGGGCUUGUUCAAGAUCAGAAACUUGAUUUCCUUAUGUGGGGUUUGAAAAUUAAGCUCAUAGAAGUUACUGCUAAAGUUUUGGAUGCAGUUGGCUAUGGGAAUGUGAUUCUUCCCGCACCAUACCGGGUCACGUUACUAAAGACAUGGCUCCCUUAUAUAAGGAAAAUCAAACCCCUUUUGGAUUCGAAGGGCAAUGAGGAGAUUGGCUUUCCUUACAAGAUGGACGAAGAUCUGUGCCAAAGCAUCGAAGGCGCGAUUGUUUCGUUGAUAUUGUCACUGCCUUCGAAUGAUCAAGCUGAUAUUUUUGCAGACUGGAUGAAAGCCGAUCAAGUUCGGUAUCCCGAUUUGAGCGAAGCUUUCGAGGUCUGGUGUUUUAGAACCAAAUCUGCAAAACGAAGAUUGGAGGGGCUAAAUAAAGUUGGCAAUGCCACAAUAAGCCUGUAAACUCUCAAUAGUUUUUAAUUCUGCUUUAUCUUUGUUUGAUCAAAAUGCAAAUUAUGGUAGUUAUCAGUCCCAAGUAAUUUGAUAUCAACUAUCAAGUUCCAUUUGAUUAUUA